GACCAAUCCAAUUGAACCGGAUAAUUAGACCGACUUUUGAACACCGGUUCUCGAGAAGCAGCAGCAAGGACAACUACAGGAAGCACGACGCUCCUCCACCAUUGAAACCCUUCGGCGAUCCAAGCUCGACUCCCCGCCGCCGCUACCACAUCACGCCGGGAAAUCGUCAACUUCGCGUUCCCCAUGGCAAAUAGGCACACCAUAAUUCUGAUGCAGGCCUCUCAUAAUAGAGCAUCCAGAACUUUUAUGGAUUUCGGGUCUAUUACUCAGGCCAUGGAGGGCAUUUGUGGACUAUAUGAAAGAAAGCUUAAAGAAAUCAAUCCAGCUUUGAGAAACCUCAGCUAUGACAUUGCGGAUCUCUACAAUUUUAUUGAUGGCCUUGCAGACUUGAGCGCAUUAGUCUACGAUCACACAAUUCAGGCUUAUCUACCCUACGACAGGCAGUGGAUCAAGCAGAAGACAUUUCAACACCUCAAGAAGUUGGCACAUUGAGUGCGGACGUACUCUGCUGCAUCGUUUGUCUACUGGUGAUAUUAUUUUUUAUGCAAUCUGCUAUAGGUUCAACUUCUUAGCAACGAGUUUCCAAAGUGUACAUUGAGUGUAUAAUUCUCUGCACUUCGCCACAAACUAAAAAAAGUUGCGUUCUUAGCGUUCGAGAAUUGUAUUCCUACCAAUGCUUUCCCUGACUGUAAAACCCUGGCUGUGACCUCUCAAUGUGCAUAUAGAAUUGAUUUAGACACAUUUGGCAGUUCCCCUCUGCAGAUGUUGCUGUCAUUGUAUUUGUGAUGAUGCUGUGUUGCUAGUUAUGACCUAAUAGAUGCUUGCUAUUUUCUCUCGAGACGGCCGAAAGAAGUACCACGCAGGUGCAGGACAUCUCCCUGUCAUUAUAGCAAUCUAGGUCCUUGCGUGCCAGGUUGCCGCACAAAGGGCACGAAUGGUGGGUAGCAACAUCGACAACCCACAUCGUUUCCCUUUGUUCAGGACAACCGGAAAACUACGACCUCCACGAUAGAGGCGCGAUGCAGCGAGGAUUGUAGGGGUCGACACAACGAGAGGCAUUCAGAUGGUCACAUGACCAUUUUGUUGCUCGAGUUAAUGUUUGUGAAAAUGCUCAAAAAACUUAUAUCAACAAGUGAAAUUCUUGACUGAGGUCCUCUUUGACGUACGAGGAGAAGU